ACGUGCAAUGAUUCAUCACUGGAACAUAGUGACAGUAUACAAGGAAGGACAAGUAAGUCCACGUUCUUUUGUUAUUGUGACUAUAUUUGAUGCAGCUGAACGUGGAAACACAGGCUAAGCUCUCCAUCUGCGAGGCUUCCAUCACAGCACUUGGCCGCAGUAGAACAGCAUCUGAAGUCCACACAUCAUAGGACAACUAGAAACGUGGGAUCUUCUAUCUAAGAACACAUCAUGAAACCGUUUAUUUCACUUGAGCUUCUGAACCUCUCGCUGCUUCUGCGACUGGCCUCCACCGUGCCUGCGCUCUCUUCUUCACCUCUGUCCAUCACUCUCCUUCCUCUGGUUCACACCACUUUCUGCAGCUUCUCAACAGUGUCCUCUCGUUUUUAACGCCAGACAUAACGUGUAAAAGAAAAGACGGUCUCUGACUCAGGCCCAAAAAUGCGUGCUGCAUUCCUGAUUUACAGCCGGGAUGGAUGAGGCGGGUCUCCCCUCCUCUAUUGAAACCCCCCGGUUCCUCCUCCUCCUCUCCUCGGUCCUCCCUUCUGGGACCAUCUAAGUUUUCCGUCUUUUAUUCCGCUCCUCGCCAUCUCUCUCUCCUCACUGUCACACCAUGCCGCGGCCCCUCCCACUUCCAUUCACGCGGACUCGCUGCUCCGCGGCGCCACCUGAACGUCAGGAUGAGGGAGUAAACGGCUGCGACUGUCGCGUUCUUUCGUGCGUUCAACUUUCCCGACUGUGAGGGGACACGGAGCGAACUGGGACGAACAUCUGCAGGUGAGUUUACUUUCACUUCAAAUUGAACAGCAACUCGGGCUUCAGACUCAACAAGCUUGACGGGCCAAUUCCUCUUUUUUUUUCAAAUAUAAAUAAGAACUACACUGGUGUGAACAGUGUGGCUUUCCUGAAAUUAAUACUUACCUUCCGUCUAAUAUUUAAAGAGUGAUCGCUCGCAUGCUAAGACCCGCGUGUCAUACUGAAAAACAGCUCAAAAUAAAUUCUAAAAUUAUUUUAGAAAUCUCCAGACACUAGCAUUAUGACCUAGUUAGAUCCGUGUACAAGUUAGAAAUGUCAAGAGGGUUUUUUCCGUAUCAUUUUGCCAGUUAUUAAAAUCUUUCAAUUCUUUUUCAAUUUGAUUGGUCUCAAACUCGCGGCCUGUGGGCCAUUCGCGGCCCGCCGGGUGCAGAUCCGCAGCCUGCCACUUGGUGUCUGACUGCAGCAUGUCUGCGGCACCAACAAGGGCAGUCCCUUUAUGUUCAAUAAGAGAUUCAGAGAGAUAGUGUCACCACUGUCUCUUCACUGAGGGACAGUGUAUGCUCCUGAGCCAGAGUGGAGUGACAGUGUCUCUGGUGAGAAAUGAGCUCUCCAGGUGAACAACGCCGUGUCAUGUGCUUCGCUCGUGUCUGAUGACCUUCUUCUCCCGUCCCAGGAUGUAAGACUCCUCACCCCAAAUCACGAUGACCCCCAUGUCAGGAUUCAGGUGGACUAUUUUCUGUCUUCUGCUUCUCAGGAGAAGAAUCUCAGCACUAGGUGACGGCAUGCAGUGCUCUGUGGUGCCAGCAGGGGCGCUGCACCCUGUUCAGGCACUCCUGGAGCAGUUCGAGGCCGGACUCGGGUGCGCUGCCCGAGAGAGCGGGGACAAGGAGACCCGCGUUAUUACAGUGGGGGAGAUGAAGAACGUGUCUGACAACAAGGUGGUGCUGGUGUUAAAAGGGUCACUGUCGCCGCUCAGGUCUGUCCACCUGCUGCUCAGCUCCAGAAGCCCGGUCCGCUGGGUUCUGGAGUCCGACGGGCUGCCCUCCGACCUCCCGCUGCUGGUGCAGGUGUCCACCAACUCCAGCGUGGAGUCCAGCCGUCUGCGGCUGGAGGUCCGACCGGCACCUUGGCUCCCGUCCCGCCCGCGGGCGCUGUACCGCUGGGCACUGAAGCGCCACGGAGGCCUGUCGUCGCUGACGCACCUGGCACGUGGAAACAGGGUGUACAUCCGGCUGGGAGAGGAUCCCAAGCUGCCCGCGGCCUGUCGGCUGCAGCCCACCUUCCUGUCUGAGAGUUAUGUGACGUCCCACCUGCGGCCGCAGCAAGUCCUGGGCUGCCGUCCUGGCCAGGCGCAGGACUCCGCUGAGGUCCAUGUGGUCAAGCUGCACUCGGCCGGGUCCAGUCUGUGCGGUUCCCUUCAGGUGGAGGUCAUCGUGUCUCUGCUGCCUCCGCUGGCCACAUUGCUGCCGCAACAGAUCGUUCUGAUCCUCGGCAGCUCGGCGCCGGUCAACUGGGCCGUCGUUGCUCGUGGGCUCCAGGGUCACGUCGUGGUCCAUUCCUCCAACAGCGUGUCUCCACCGUACCCGCCUGAGCCAGACCUGCUUCUCUCCACCACGCUGGUGCCCGACCUGGCCAGCGUUCCAGACCUUCUCCUCUGGGCCCGAAACCAGGGCUACAGCCAGGUGACCUCUUACACCGAGGCGGGCCUGGCCAACCGCUUCCUGAUCCAGCUGGCCGGGGCCGGCACAGGUCUGAAUGCUGGCUCUGUCUCGCCCGACCUUCCCACCACAGCGUCGGAUGUCUUCUCAGAUGUGCUUCCAGUCCUGAAUCCUCGGGGCGGGGCGGAGGAGCGGCGUCUCCGAGAGCUGCUGAGCGUCGGACCCGGGUCGGAGGAUCGUUUGGCGGUGCAGUGCGAGGGCGGACGCCUCAGCGUGAGCGUGGACCAGGUCGCCCUGCAGAGUCUGUCGGUGCCAGUGUCUGCCGUGACGCUGCAGGACCCCACCUGCCAGGCCCAGUCCAACGGCAGCCAUUUCCUGUUGGUGUUUCCAGUCAUUUCCUGUGGGACCGAGGGAUUUCUGCAGCAGCAGCCGGGGGCGGUCCAGUACAGGAACAUGGUCUUGCUCUGGAGGGACAAACCCAAAGCCUCCACCAAAAGACGUCCUCUGGCCAUCGAUUUCACCUGCUGGACUCCUGACCCCAGCACACUGCACCCAGGUCCUCCUGACGGCGGCGGCGGCGAAGAUUCACGGCGUGAGGGUCUGACCCCCGGGUCAGCUGUGGACCCGCUGCCUGAACCAGGGAAGAGUCCCCCCUCGACAACAGCACGCCACGGACCUCUUCUUCAGCUGGAGCUUUUCGUCUCUGAGAGUUAUGAGAGGACACACAGCGCCCCCUGUGUCGUCGCUGCAGACCACAGGGUCUACGCCAAGAUAUCAGCGGAGGGUCUGGAUUCGGCUGAGGUCAACUCCUGCUUCGUCUCGGCUCAUCCCGACCCCAAAACCUCCCCCGUCUGGGACGUCAUUCGCCAGGGCUGCGCCGCGGAACCUUCUCUGAUGCUAGUGGAAGCAGAGGAGGAGGAGGAGGGGGGCGAUGAAGACAAGAGCCUUCCCCGCAAAACGAAAGCGAAAGCAUCGCUGAGAGAAACCGGCGGGUCGCUGAGGUUCAGCUUCAUCGUGAGGCCCAUCCACAGCCAACUCAUGCAGUUCCUGCACUGCAGUGUCUGGCUGUGUGUCUCAGACUCCGGCCGGGAGGAGGACCGCGCCCGGGCGGGCGUGAGGGGGGGCUGUCCGAGCGGGACACCCAUCCCCCCGCUGGUGCCACCCACACACAAGUCGCGCUGUGAAACCAGGAACCUGUCCCGAACCAUGGUGGUCACCCGGGCGCCCGGGUCCAAGCCGGCGUUCGGCCAACGCACGAAGAGAUUGUCUCCGCUGUCGGCUCCGGACCAGGAGGAGGAGCAUCACCCGGUGAUGCGAACCGGGCCGGUGAUGGGGAUCAUCUCCGCUGCUUUCCUGCUGGGCGUGGGCCUGAUGGUGGCGCUGUGGUGCCUCUGCGCUCACGCGGGUGAACAGGCAGUCAGAGUCGGAGGUGGCGAGGAGCUUCUAAACUGUGGUGUGUUUCAGGAGGACGGCCGGCGGCUCCUGAAGGAGGUUCCCCCAGAGAUCAGCCAUGAACGUACGGAGCGCACCUUUGAAGCGCGGCGGUUGAGCCGCACUGCGCUCGCCGAGGCGCCGACAGUUUACCCCAAAUGAGGGCAGAGGAAGAAAGCCGUGCUCUGAAUCCCAUGUGGUUGAGCAGAGCGAGUGGAGCAGCUGUGAGUCUGCUCAUCUCUGCUCCUCAGACUGUUGGUUCCACAGCAUCUGUUAGCGUGAGGCUCCUUCGUGUUCUCAUACAAGUCGAACUGUCAUCUUGAUGGCAACUUUUACAGACUCUGUUGACCCCUCGGGUCACCUGACCUCGGCCUUUUGUUUUGCAUUCAUUUUGUUUCCUUUUGUGUCAAUAAUAUUUCAUGUCAGCCAUUUUCUCUGAAUUUUUCACAUAUGAUAUGAAUCUGACUCAAAAUAUGAAUGCAUCCCAUAUUUUACAUAAACAUUUCCCUUUGAUAAUUUUACUCUUUCAAACCAUGAUAAAUUAC